UUGAAAAUGUUUUCAUGAGCAUGAGCGUCCUAUUACAUUGAUUGUUCAUAUGGUAAACAAAAAAAGUAAUUCAGAAAUAUUUGUAAAAUAUGCAGUUUUUCUUGGCGACAUCGUUAUAACAUCGGUUAUAAAAUGACACAAUCAAUUGUUGUACAAGUUGGACAGUGUGGAAACCAAAUUGGUUGCCGGUUUUGGGACCUAGCAUUACGAGAACAUGCAACAGUGAAUAAGCAUGGAACAUAUGAUGAAUCUUUGAGUAGCUUUUUUCGUAAUGUUGACAGUAGAUUUGAUGACCCUGCAAACAUUCCUGUUGACCAAGGCACUGGUAAAAUUAAGUCACUUAAAGCUAGGGCAGUUCUUGUUGACAUGGAGGAGGGAGUUGUCAGUGAGAUGAUGAAAGGUCCUUUACGGGAGGUGUUUGACUUUAAACAGCUGUUAACAGAUGUCUCAGGAGCAGGAAAUAACUGGGCUGUUGGGCACAAGAUGUACGGAAGUCAGUAUAGAGAACAUAUAAGCGAUAUCAUACGUCGAGCAGCUGAAUUCUGUGAUUGUUUACAGUGCUUCUUCAUUUUACAUUCCAUGGGUGGUGGCACAGGGUCUGGAGUGGGAACUUUUAUCUUAAACUUAUUAGAAGAGGAAUAUCCUGAUGUUUACAGGUUUGUAACAGCAGUAUAUCCGUCAGUUGAUGAUGAUGUAAUUACCUCCCCUUAUAACAGUGUUCUAGCAAUGAGAGAACUAACUGAAAAAGCUGACUGUGUUCUGCCAAUAGAAAAUCAGGCAUUAGUUUCUUUAGUUAAUAGAAUCAAUCAAGCAAUUCCUCCAUCAAAGACUGGAAAGCGGACAUAUUCUAGUGUGGGUGGUGAAGUGAAAGCUGGGAGUGCUAUAACAACAAGUGACGGAGGUGUGGUGAAACCGGCCAAUGAAAAACCAUUUGAUACCAUGAAUAAUAUCGUUGCUAAUUUAUUAUUGAAUAUGACAAGCUCGGCCAGAUUUGAAGGAUCAUUGAAUGUUGAUUUGAAUGAGAUAACAAUGAAUCUUGUACCGUUCCCACGACUACAUUACCUCGUGUCCAGUCAGUCACCACUUUUUACGCUGUCUGACGUGAAUCUUCCACCAAGAAGACUGGAUCAAAUGUUUUCCGAUGCAUUUUCAAAAGAUUAUCAGCUAUUAAAGACAGAUCCGAAGCACAGUCUGUAUCUGGCAUGUGCUCUUAUGGUACGAGGAAAUGUCGAGGUGUCUGAUGUUAGGCGCAAUAUAGAGAGGUUAAAACCAAAUUUAAAGUUUAUACACUGGAAUACAGAGGGAUGGAAGACAGGCUUGUGUUCAGUACCGCCAGUCGGACAGUCAUAUUCUCUCCUGACACUGGCAAAUAACACAUGUAUACACAAUAACUUUACAGAACUCAAAGAUAGAUUUGUAAAACUUUAUAAAAGAAAGGCUCAUGUUCAUCAUUACACACAUGUAGAAGGGAUGGAGAUGUCUGAUUUUUCUCAAAGUCUCGAGUCUCUUAAUUCUAUAAUACAAGAAUACUCUGACCUUGAAAAACAAAUGUUUAACCCACCACCUCCAGAACCCAGACUUCAGGUGAUCACAUGAUUUGUACCUUGAAAAAUAAUUGAUAAAUAACAUUCCUCCAGAAUCUAGACUUCAGUCAAUUACUUACUUGUGACCAGACUUUGAUCAGUUUAAAACUCAGGAAAAAAAGUGAUUUAGUCAAAACCUCUAUUGGAAAGGCAAAAUGAAAAAGGUUGGUUUUUCAUUGACAGUUGGUCUCUAAAGUCAGGUUUUUUUUUUACUAAUUUUUAGAUUAAUUUUUCAACUAUUUAAAUUUAUGUUAUUGCUAUUCAAGUGCAAGUGUAAUGCAGAUAUGAAUGUUUUGCAAGUAUGAUUAUAAUUCAUGCAAAAUUUCAGACAUGGACACAUCAACAUGACUUUUACUUAAACAUAAACAUUACAUAAACAUGAACAUUUCUUACACAUCAGACAUAAACAUUACUCAGACAUGGUAAUUAUUUACACAUGGAGAUUAGUAAAACAUGGACAUCACUUAGACAUAAACAUUACAUAAACAUGAACAUUUCUUACACAUCAGACAUAAAUAUAACUCAAGACAUAAACAUUACUCAGACAUGAGCAUUAUUUACACAUGGAGAUUAGUAAAACAUGGACAUCACUUAGACAUAAACAUUACAUAAACAUGAACAUUUCUUACACAUCAGACAUAAACAUUACUCAGACAUGAGCAUUAUUUACACAUGGAGAUUAGUAAAACAUGAACAUCACUUAGACAUAAACUUUACUUAGACAUAAACUUUACUCAAAGAUGAACAUUACUUAGACAUGAAAAAUCUAAUACAUGAAUAUAUCUCAAACAAGAACAUUACUUAGACAUGACCAUUAUUCAUUAUGAUGUACUAUAUUUUGAUUUACCAUAUUUAUAACAGAGAUCUGUCCUGUAUGUGUUUAAUUUUCUAGAUCUGCCCUGUAUUUUUAUUCAUAAUGUUUGUACAUGUAUUUUGAAGAUCUGUCCUGUAUUUUCUAUUCUUUAUAUUUUGUAUCUUGAAGAUCUGCCCUGUAUUUGACCUAAUUAUAAAUUGACCUAAUUAUAAAAAGUAUUUUUUUUAGCUCCACUUUUUAAGAAGAAAUGUAGAGCUAUUGUCAUAACCCUCCCACAGGUGACAACCUCAGCAUUGAUUAACAUAUUUGAGCCGCGUCACGACAAAACCAACAUAAUGGGUUUGUGACCAGCAUGGAUCCAGACCAGCCUGCGCAUCCGCGCAGUCUGAUCAGGAUCCAUGCUGUUCGAUUACAAACCCUAUAUCAAGUAGAGAAACUGAUAGCGAAUAGCAUGGAUCCUGAUCAGACUGCGCGUAUGCACAGGCUGGUCUGGAUCCAUGCUGGUCGCAAACCCAUUAUGUUGGUUUUGUCGUGACGCGGUUCAUUUCUCAAAAACUGUCAAAGAUAUUCAUUUUAAAAUUUUAUAACUUGUUCCCUAUCAAAAUUGAAAUGCAUUGCCUAAGGGCAGAUAACCCUGAGAAUCAAUUUACUUUAAUUAUUUUCCUUUUUUAACUUGACAUUUACAAAAUAUUCUAUUGAAAUUUGAAAACUUUUUUUUCUUGUGAAGGGGCAUUUAAGUCUGCCUAGCUCUAUACAUGUAUAUUCACAUAAUUAUAGAAGACGUGUUUUGUUUUUUUCUGUGAAUAAAUUUGUAUAAUGUAAAAUGCAGAAGUGAUCACAAUAUUUAAUAAAACCAUGUUAGCCUGUGACCUAUAGAAGGUUUGAGAGCAUUUGUUGUUAAGAGCAAUUUAGUUGAUAGUUAAUUGUUGCUUUAAACAUUUAUUUUUAAACUUCCUUUUAUAUGUCUUUAUUUGACUUGAGAUAUGUUGAUGUAUUUAUUUAUGAGAAACGUAUUAAAAAUGAAUACAUGAAA